GACAACUAAAAGACAUUGUACUUUAUACGAUGGGCAGCAUUCCACUCUUCCAGGAGUAUGUCAUAUUCCAAUGGCAGAACCAUUCUGCACCAAAACCAGAGAGGUUCUUAUUGAGACUGCCAAGAAGCUUGGGCUCCAGUGUCAUUCCAAGGGGACAAUGAUCACAAUCGAAGGCCCGCGUUUCAGUUCUCGAGCAGAAAGCUUGAUGUUUCGCAGCUGGGGAGCUGAUGUUAUCAACAUGACCACAGUGCCUGAAGUGAUUCUUGCGAAAGAAGCUGGAAUGAGUUAUGCUAGUAUUGCCAUGGCAACAGAUUACGACUGCUGGAAGGAACAUGAAGAAGCAGUUUCAGUGGAUAAAGUUUUAAAGACGCUGAAGGGGAAUGCAAAUAAGGCUACUAGCAUACUCCUUACUGCUAUACCUCAGAUAGGUUCCAUGGAAUGGACCGACACCCUGCACACCCUGAAGGCAACAGUGCAGUGUUCGGUCGUCCUGCCAAAGCAGUAA